UUAUACGCGAAACGUUGUGUGCGACUAAACGUCGUGUCUAAUUCUAGGUCAAACGACACAACUCUUUAUUGAUGUUUGAUUAUCUUUAUAAAUUACUCGUAAAGCUACGGAGAUUAACACAGUCCUUACAACACAGAUCAAAUUCUAAUUUUGAAGAGAAGAAGUACAGAGAGAUGGCGAAUUCGAAUGAAUGUGGAAUCGGACCGGGUUCGGUCUUGGCGAUUGUGGUCGUAGCGAUGAUGUUACUGUUCGUACCGUUGAUGAUGGGACCGGUGGCUCCACCAACUCCUCCACUUAUCUUGUUGUUUCCCACCGUCUUGCUCUUUGUGUUUCUCUAUCUUCAUUUUAGUUCCAAGUGAAAUCUCUUUUGUUUUUUCUCUUCAGUGAUUAUUAUGUAAGUAUCCGUACGUAUGUAUUUUCCAGAUUACAAUGAUAUAUGUUUUUUUUAUUUCUGUAAAAUACAGUGAUAUAUGUUUCUGACUCUACUUCUAUCAAUCUAAGAGUUCGUUUCCC